AAACAAAAAUUACUGCAUUUACUACCAAAAUUUGUUCUAGAUCUUUUCAAAACGUAAAUAAAAAAGAAAAGUUUCACAAAUAUUAUUUGCUACAAGAUAAGUAUUGUGUGUUAAGCAUUUAUAGAGAAAUUCAUUUAACUUAAAGCAAAAUGUUUGGUUUAAUAAUAUCCGGAAGACUGCCCCAAACAGAUUUCACACCACUGGAUGAAACUAAAGCUGUAAUAAAUGUGCCUGAUAUAGAUCAUGUUAACUAUAUAGUUGUAUUUUUAACCGGCAUACAACCCCUGCCGGAGGGUACUUCGGCUGCAGUAUAUUUUAGUUGGCCAGAUGCCAAUUCGGCCCCCACUUGGCAAUAUUUAGGCCACAUAUCGAAUGCUAAACCUUCUGCCAUCUUUAAGAUAUCACAGUUGAAAAAAGCCCAUGAACUAGAGGCUCAGGAGAAUGGUAUGGUAUUUGGUGCUCAGGAAAUAUCCCACACAGCACAAAUAGGAAUCUCCAUAGAACCUAGCAACACUAUAACACAACUAACACCAGCGGUGUCAAAUGCUAACGCCAAUUUACAAUUUGGUCAAAAAAUGCUGGAGAAUUUCUUUAACUAUGCUUCCAGCUUUACGAUUAAUCCACAGCAACUACCUAAUAUGCCACAUGAGACUUUGGUGCCACUGUCGACAUUACAAAAUUGGUACACCAACUUCCAAAGACGCAUGGAACAAAAUCCCAACUUUUGGAAAUAUUAAGAAGCUGUAUACAGCCUUUUAACUAAUUCCCUAUUCUCAGGGAAUUUUCAAGACAAAUGCAUCGUAAACCUACUUUUUAUAAUUUUUAUUUAAAAUUCUUUAUGCUUUUUAUUUAAUUAAGUAAAUACUUUUAGAAAUAUUUUGAAAAUAUUUUUCUUUUUUUUUAUAAAUUGUUUUGUAUUAUAACUGAAAAAA